AGGACAACUAACUUACUAUACUAAUUUCACAUUAAUUUUUCAGCGUCGUGCUCAAAAUUAUCCGGCAAUACAACUUCAUACGACGUUUGGUUUUUAGUACCCUCACCUCAGGCCGUUGACUACGUGGUCUAGAAGUUGUACAACUGGUUGACAGCGUGGUCUCCAAGUGCAGCUCAAGUGAACUACAGCAAAACUUUGUAGUCCGAAGAAACAAACCAGUUACAGUAGCCGUUUACAAGUAGAACAACCUUAACGCUCCAGAACACAUUAAGCAAGAGCCCGCCUAGAAGGACUGCUACAACCAAAUAGAAAUAGUACCGUAUAUUAGGCCUAUACAACUUUUUUGAAUCGAAGUCCUAAUAAAUCCGACACCCCCUACUUCUCCGACUUUCCUAGCGGGAAGCUGUGUUUUUUUUUCUCAUACGUCUAGAAGCAUAAGUGGCGGUUGUACUUCUAUACUGGUGUAUUUUCUGCAGCUGAAGGACGAGAGCAGCCAGAUCUUAUUGCAGAGAAAAAAAGAUCAUGUACUACCAGCGGCAGCAGGGGCCCCCGGUGCCCGCGCCGCCGCUCUGGCGUGCACCCGUCACGGAACAGCGAGCCUGGCAGCGGGACUACUUUAAGAUGAAGGACCGAAUCAUGAACGCGCAGUCCCAUAUCGACAACACACCACCCGGAUGCGCGGACGGUACUAGAUUCAAUGCUUGCAAUACAAAUUCGCUCAGCAUGACAAAUUCCUGCUCAGCAUGACAAAUGGAAUUUGUCAUGCUGAUUUGCCUUGGGAACCAGAUUUGUAAUGCGUAAUUGCGAUUACUACGAGAGCGAUACUUUUGCACAGGAUAUGUAGUCCACUCGAUGCAGAUGCUAAGCAGGCGCUUGAUGUGCAUUGGUUUUAUUGACUCUGAGCUGCAGCUGUUGAAGCGUGGUCGUGCAAGUCGUGUAGUGGUGCGUAGUAGAACAAAGAAAAGCAGGAAAACACAAAAUUACUUAUCAGGCACGCGCGCGAAGAUGGUCGAGAUGGCUCGGGCCCAUCGGUUAGCGGAGCAGAAUCGAGUUCUGGGCAAGGAUAACAAGCUAUUGAGAGGAAAAAUCCCCCCUCCCCAUAUUGAAAAGGAAUGUCUCCGAAAAUUUGUGUUGCUGCUUUUUGAUCGCAAAUCAGGUUUGUCUUGCAAGAAGACAAGUGCAGAGGCAUCCGGCCAAUUGUGAAGCGAUUUGGCAUGCUGUUGGUCCUAGAGGGUAGCCGUUUGCAAUGCUGAGCAACUAGACCUGAGCGCUCCCACCUAGGCUGCGGAUCUGGCCGGAGUGCCAUAAUGCAAGACAAGUCGGAUUUGUGUACGCAAAUCAGCAUCAUAAAUUUCCACUUUGAUAUGGGGAGGGGGGAUUUUUCAUUUUGAUACAAGCGCAUUAUCGACAGAAUAGUCAGCAUCCGAAACGGAGAAGGUUACUUGCCGCCACAAGGUACUUUCUUACUACAUGCAGUCGAUACGGCUUUUACAUCUUCGCUUCUAUUUAUGUAUGAUGCAUCCAUACGAUUGCUCCUCAGGACCUACAGUCCAUAGAGGACCUACCAGGAGGAUUCGGUCGUUCGUGUUUCACAGAAAAAGUAGACUGUGAUGUCGCAUGCGAAACAAGAAUUGUUAUCCACAAAACCAAAACCUCUUUCUCUACUAUGACAGGCAAACCGGGGGAGAUGCUGGACCGCAUGCGAUCUCCGGACGCGAAGGCACAGGGGGCAAGAAGGAUGGAGGCCCGAAGAAUUUACAUGGAGAACGAGUUACUGGCCAAGCGCCUCACCACCGUGCAAACGACGAAGGAGAUCCGGCGGGAGAUUCAGCAGCAAUCCUACAUGAAGAGUCGGAGUUACGUCAGGAGCGGGUACUAUUUUUCUUUACGUCUGUAGUUAUUUUUGCGAAGAUUGUUCCGAUUGACAAUGAAGUUCUCUCCAGGCAUGAGAACAAUCUGUGAUGCGUGCAGUGAAACUAAAAGAAAAAAAUGUUAUCAGCAUGCGAAAGUGCUGCACAGAUUUCUCGUCGUGCAUAGAAAAUUACACACAUUUAUUUUUUACUCACUUACGAACAGGUUCAAGAAAGUCGUGCCCUUCAACCCGAACGCGCAAAAAUUGAGUCCUUUGGCGCAGAAGAGACGGGCGCCGAUCGUGUCUCUGAUGGAGGACCUGGAGGUGGAUGACCAGGAACUUACCAGGGUGCAGACAGUGGACGUACUCGUGGGAAAAUCCACCUCCAGCGGAUCCAGCGGGAAAAAGGAAACAGGUAGAGAAUAGGUUUUCGAGGACAAUCUGUCCGUUUCACGUGAUAUUACAUUUUUACGUGACAAUACGGCUCUCGAAAUAGAAAAUCUCAGAGAAUCUCUAUUUGAAAUAGAGAUUCUCGGAGGAGAAUAGAAAUUCUCCAUGAGGGAUGGAAUAUCUUUCUUGUUUUUUCUUUCUUUUUUUCUUUUUCUGUUUCUUACUGUUUUCCCACGUCUUUUUCUUAUAUUUCAGCAGCUUCUCCACCAGUGGCGAAACCGAAAUAGAGAUUCUCCAUCUGAGAUAGAGAUUCUCUAUCUCAGAUAGAGAUUCUCUAUCUCAGAUGGAGACUCUCUAUCUCAGAUGGAGAUUCUCUAUCUCAGAUGGAGACUCUCUAUCUCAGAUGGAGAUUCUCUAUCUGAGAUGGCAGCUGCCAGCCAGCUGCAACCCAGGCUUUGCUAGGCUGCCAGCCCAAGCAAAGCCAGGCUGUGCCUCGCUAGGUCAGCAGCCCUAGCGCGCCAGGCUGUGCUCGGCUAGGCUGGCAGCCCUAGCAACUAGCCUAGGCAGGUAGCCCAGUAGAGGGCUGCACGCAGCCCAGGCUGGCACGCAGCCCAGGCUUUCACUUUCGUCUUUGCUGGGCAGCCCAGCAAGAUCGGCUUUUGUUGCUCGGCAGCCCCGGCAGGCCAGAGGUAGCCCAAUCAUGCUAGGGGCAGCCUAGAGGAUAGGUUUUCGAGGACAAUCUGUCCGUUUCACGUGAUAUUACAUUUUUACGUGACGUAUUACAUGUCUAGAAAAAAAAAAUAUUAUAGAAAUUCUCCCGACGCCCAAUAGAGAUUCUCCCUAUAGAGAUUCUCCCGCGUCGAAUCUAUCGGCUCCCGCUUUGUCUUCAAUUGCGUUUGAUCUUCGCCUGCGCCUGGCGCAAAAGCUGUUGACCUUCCUCUGGCGCAAAAGCCCGCCCUCGCUUGAGUUUUUCAAAGUGCUCUUCUCGUUCCGUGCCCAUGGACGGAGAAAAAGGCUCCUGCGCAUGUUUCGGCCCCGGGGGGUUCAGCUUUUUCAUUCUUUUUUUGCCCGCAGUCCGUUGCGGGGAAAGAAAGAAUAACUCCGCACCGACCUGGCGGCCGGCGUAGGGGAAAUAAAGAAUAUUCCCGCACAUUGCGCGCGCGCGGGCUUCUUUUUGAGCGGCCGGACGCUCUUGCUCGCCUAUGUGCGGCAUCUGGCGGCGCGGCGGAAAUGAAAAAAAGUUCUGCGCGUUGCGUGCGCGCGGGCUAUUUCGUGUGAGCAGCCGGGCGCCCCUUUUCGCCGGCCCGCGCGCCACAUCUUGCGGCGUGCUGGUAUCGAAAAAUAAAAAUUUGCGCGCGCGUUUUUUUUAUUAGCGGCCGCACACUCCCCCUUGCCCGCGCGGCACACGCAGUGGAGUUGUGUGAAUAUUUAAUAUUUUCGCGCGCUGCGGGCGCGCGGGCUUUUUUUUUGUGUGGGGGUACGCGUUGCUUCACGCGCACCGCGCCAGGCGUAUUGGUUGAAAUGAAUCAACCUGACCUGCGUGGCGCGCGCGGGCUUUGUCUUUUGGGCGGUUGGAGUGGCGCGCGCUCCUUCACGGCCGCACGACGCCCAAGUGCCGUGGCAGGCGCGUGGGCAUGAAAAUUUCGUGCGCUGCCUGCGCGCGAGGAUUUUCUUUUGGGCGGUCACGCAGUCCUUUUCGCGGGUGCCACGCCUAUUGUGUGGCGCGAAAGAAAAGAAGCUAACAGGCUUCGCGCGUUUCGAGGACAAUCUGUCCGUUUCACGUGAUAUUACAUUUUUACGUGACGAAAAUAAAGAACAAAAUCCCCCGGGGGAGAUGCCGGGUAACCAAGGUCCACUGGAUUUCUCUUCUUGUAUUACGUUCGACACAAAGUAAAAAGAGAAAAGCCCAAUCCAGGAUAUUUUGAUUUCACCCGAGAUCAACUUGCCCCGUCCGAGCCUAACGCAACUAUCUACCCAGGAGUUGAGGACAGGGGAUUUUAGCUUCUAGUUGUUGUGUCGGAACAUUCUGAGAAAAGUCCCAUAGGCCGCGACUUGCAUCACAUCCCUUUGGGGAUCCUGUACUACUUUGCUCUCCAAAGUCGAAGCAUUUUCUUUGUAAGAUUGCGGCAAUUGGCCCCCUGUAUUUACCCUAGGUGGCAGGACACUCGGCCCCCAGAUACCACCUGCACCCCUGCGGGCCGAUCCCUUGGUUUUUUGUCUUCGAAUAGUUACCGCGACUGCGGCUUUUUGUUUGAAUUCCUUUCGCUGCCACCUAGAGACCCAUACCCCUGCUGUACCCCCCCACCCGUUUUCGCACUGAAGAGCCCACCGGGCCUCUUGUGCUUGGUCGAACAAGAACACAACUACAAGCGUAUGAGUUUUGUUCAUUUUCAUCCUUUUUUAUAUAGAAUAGAACGGGCCGCGCGUGCCAACACGCACAUAGCUUAGUUGCCGCCCUUGCCCCCGAGUUUUAAAGUUUUUAGCCUGUAGCCCCUCCUCACUUCCGAAAGUACCCAACGGAGAAUCCCCUUCCCCUAUAUUCCUCUGUGUUCUGUUCGGUCGCCCCACAGGUGUUUUUCCGUGCCUGCGCCCGGUGUCUUCCCAUCCGGUAGCCCCGAGGCUCUACCCCGGUGACGUAUCGCCGCCUGGUCACGAAUUACGAUCAGCAACGGAAGGCGAAGAUCGUAGCUCGUGGCCUAUUUUUGGCUUCUCCUUUGGUUGUUUUCCUCCUCCUGACACAACUGCUGUGCUGUUAUGUUAUGUCGACACGACACGCGAUUGCGCCCCCCGCCGAUUUUGCAUGAUGGCGUCUGCAGUGGCAGGCGAAGGCGCAGAAGUAUUUUUUUUGCUUCCGCCUCACUCAGGCGGGGCUUGUUUUCCCUUCAUUUUGUUUUUCUUUUUUGGGCCGCUAGAUAGUUCCCCUUUACUAUCAAAGUGCGCGCUCGUUUUUGCAUAUCUAUGUGCCGCUCGUGUGUGGGGGGUUGUGCGCUCGCUGUCGUUUUUGCAUUGCCCAACUGAUGCCCCCCCUUCUUGCUUCUCGCAGAGACCUUGCGUGCCGAAAUCUGUCCGUUUCACGUGAUAUUACAUUUUUACGUGACGAAAAUAAAGAACAAAAUCAAAAAUCACAGUACGUAGGAAAAAUGAAGAAAUGCGUGAAGGAUUUUAUUUUUGCGAGGAAAAGAAAAUGAAAAUCAUAUCAGGUCAAAAAGCAACCGCCUCUAGCAGCAGCUCCUCUUCGACGACGAAAAGAAAACGGGCUGCCGUUGCAACCGGAGACGAUGACUACGAUGCCGCCUUUGCGCACGUGGUAUGAUAAAAUCAAUCAUUUUGUUUUGAUUUUUACAAAAAAGAAAACUAGCCGCAUAAGGAUCGACAAGCAUGAUGUGAUGAAUAGUGUACAAGAACUCUCAUGAACUACCUUUAUUUCUUGCAAUUGUUACUUUCAUUCCCAAUCCCACGACGGUGCUACGUGCAAUACACACAACUACACAAAAAUCUGCAGGAUCAGGAGCAGAAGGCAGCGAACGUGGUCGUUGAGACCGUUGUUGCCGAUGUGAUGGAACUGAUGGCCGACCCCAUGAUUAUUUCCAACUCGGACGCUAUGCAAAGAACAAACUGUUUCACUGUGAUGAUUUUGCAAGAUCUGCGUCACGAGUUUGUUGCACAUGACAAAGAAAACUUGGCAUGCGUGUUUCCUAAGGGAAAACACAGCUAAAAAUCCAAUGUCUUGCAUGUGUAGCAAGACAAACACAUUUGCGUUCCGUUCUAUGCAUCACAAGUUCACAGUGAAACAGUUUUUUCUUGCGAUAGACGCCGGCCAGGUGGAGCACGAGAACCAAAUUAAAUCGGAAUCCGAACAUAUGCAAGAAAAAAACUGUGUAAGUGUAAUAUUUGUAUUGCAGAGGAUGCAAAACACCUACACUUGUUAUGCUGGACAUGCAUCAGAGCUUCUUCUUGUAAGUGUUUCCACGUACCAGCUACGCAUGGGAGGUUUUCUCUGUCAUGCAGAGCAAAUUUGUGAUGCUGUUCCUCCUCGAAAGUUACACUUAAACAGUUUUUUUCUUGCAUAGAACAGGAACUGCAAGCCAGCGGUAUCCACCACACAACGCUAGAAGCCGCGGCAGGAGAAGAGGUGGUGAAUCUUCAGGAGGGCACGCACGACCAGAUCGGCCAGACGCUCCAAACAACGCAAGAGGACGCGAAGUUGCAGUCCACGAGGGAGGACGAAGUAGUGGAGGAAGAAGUGAAGGCAGAAGAAGACGAAGCAGCACCUGCUGUAGUUCCUGCAGCAGACGUUGUCGAGGAAAAAUCCAGCCCACCUGCCGUGGAGGACGAUUCCGCAGCAGCGGUCGACGUCACAGAAGAAGCAGCUGCAGUAGUACCAGGAGAGUCAUCAGCCCCUGGCGCUCCUGCGGAAGCAGCGGUAGUGGAGGAAACAGCAGGAGCAGCUGGGUCAGCGGAGCAGCCAGAAGCGGCCGAGGAGCAGGCACCUGUUGCGGUCGAAGAACUACAGGCCGCGGAGGAAGUAGUAGAACCCGCCGCGGCGGAGCAGGUGGUACAACAAGAAGAGGCCGCUACCACAGAGCAACAAGAGCCGGCGGCAGCUGAAGUUGCUGAAGAAGCAGAAAAACCCGCAGUUGUGACGGAAGAUGUAGCAGAGCCAGCAGCAGCUGCGACCGUGGAAGGAGUAGAGGCGGACACUACCCCCGCUGCUGUUCCGGAAGAUGAAGCUGCUACUGUUACUGCACCAGCGGCCGCAACUGAUACCACAGUGGCGGAGGAAAAUGAAACUGUUGUUGCGGCCGCAACAACGGAAGAAGCUGCUGCUGCACCGGAAGCUGAUGUUGCGGCGGAGGAAAACGAAAAUCUAACCCCCGAAGCUCCUGCAGCUGCUGGUUCCGUGGGUGAAGAACUGCAAGAGCCACCUGCUGUGCCGGCGGCAGAAGAAACACCAGCACCAGCGGCCAUUGUCUUGCCGGAGGAAACGACAGAACAGCAGCAAACUCCAGCGGUAGAAGUGGAGGCAACCACGGCUCCGGUCGCGGUGGAAGAAGGAAAUGAAACCUCCGCCCCCGCUGCGGAAGGAACACCGGCUGCGGAAGAGGGUGUCACGGCAACAGAAGAAGUUGUAGCUGCUGCAGAGGAACCCGCCACAGAACCGACCGCUGCUGCCGCGGAGGAAGCACCCGCGGAGGCUGCAGUAGCCGAAAGCACAACAGCUGCGGCCGACGAGUCUGCUACAACUGCGGCAGCAGAAGCUGCGGAGGAACCUGCUGAUGCGACAGCCGAAGCGGAGGCUCCAGCGGCAGAUGAGGCAGUGGUCGCGGCGGAACAGGACCAGCCUGCGGCUGAGGAAGCGACGGAGGCCGCAGCGGCGGAGCCCGUAGAAGCACCGGCCGCGGCGGCGGAGGAGCAAGCCGCGGCUGCGGCGCCCGCGCCGGAAACAGAGGGCAAAGCGGAAGUAGAUGCCGUCGCGCCAGCAGCUGCCGAGGAGAGUCAGCCGACGGAGGGAUGAUGAGGAAGAACAACUGUGUUGUGAAGAGCUACUUACCGCAUCUUGCGGGCGGGUGAGUAAUUGAAUUUACACUGCCAGAAGAGGAACUUCUUCUUCUGACAGCUCUUGUAUAAUAGUUAGGUCAACUACAGCAGGUAUUAAAAUGAAAAUUCAAAAAGAAGAACCACAUCAGUGCAGCUCUUGCUGUCAAGGAGAAUUAUGAGUAACUCUAUCGCUUUUUGGAUAAUAAAUGCACAUGACACUUUUUUUUUCAUCUUACAGCAACAGUCAUUGUUUCUUGUUUCAAGCUAGUUUUUCGCAGAGAUCAGUACAACUUCCAGCAUGCUUUAAACUUCAUCAGCGAAGAACUCUUAGGUUCUCCCCCGACGAUGAAAACGUUGCAUGCCGAGUUUUAUUUGAGCUUUAUGCUCAGAUUCACAGAAUUCUUCAAAUGCAUAGGAUCUGCUGCACGACUUCCCAUGAUUAUCUGUUUCAUCGAAGUAAGUACUACCCGUGAAAAUUCAAAAGUAACACCAAAACCCCACACGACGAAAUUGUUUCAAUUUGACAUUGAAAAUAGGAGGAGUUUGAGACUCAGCUAUUCAGUAGUAUGUACAUGCUUGCUAUUAUUCUAAACCACUUUCCUGAAAAAUGCCCCUGAUAAUGCACUUUCAGUUUCUACAUUCGAUUUCGAGGACUCUACGCCAAAUACAAUAUGAUCGCGGUCCUGCUAUGCAAGGACUUCUAGAUCCGUUUGGAUUUUGCACAGGGCAGCUGCUGCAAAUAAGUGCGAAAAAAAAAACGCGAAGUUUGGUGGCUUUUGAUGCCACAAGUGAGGUC